GCGGCGGCGGGCGGCCGGCUCCGGAGCUGCCUCGCGCGGCCGGGCGGGCCUCCCUGUCGCGGCGCCGCUCAGGCUCGGGCUGGCCCGGCGCGGCCUCGGGGCUGCCCAUGGGGCGCCGGGGGCCGGGCCGGUGACGGCGGACGCCCAUGGACGCCCCUGAGGAGCCGCUGCCGCCGGUGAUCUACACCAUGGAGAACAAGCCCAUCGUCACCUGUGCUGGAGAUCAGAAUUUAUUUACCUCUAUUUAUCCAACGCUUUCCCAGCAGCUUCCAAGAGAACCGAUGGAAUGGAGAAGGUCCUAUGGCCGGGCUCCAAAGAUGAUUCACCUAGAAUCUAACUUUGUUCAAUUCAAAGAGGAGCUGCUGCCCAAAGAAGGAAACAAAGCCCUGCUUACCUUCCCCUUCCUUCAUAUUUAUUGGACGGAAUGCUGUGAUACUGAAGUGUAUAAAGCUACAGUAAAAGACGACCUUACCAAGUGGCAGAAUGUUCUGAAAGCUCAUAGCUCUGUGGACUGGCUAAUAGUGGUAGUUGAAAAUGAUGCCAAGAAAAAAAACAAAACCAACAUCCUUCCCCGAACUUCCAUUGUGGACAAAAUAAGGAAUGAUUUUUGUAAUAAACAGAGUGACAGGUGUGUCGUGCUCUCCGACCCCCUGAAGGACUCUUCUCGAACUCAGGAAUCCUGGAAUGCCUUCCUGACCAAACUCAGGACAUCGCUUCUUAUGUCUUUUACCAAAAACCUAGGCAAAUUUGAGGACGACAUGAGGACCUUGAGGGAGAAGAGGACUGAGCCAGGCUGGAGCUUCUGUGACUAUUUCAUGGUCCAGGAAGAACUUGCCUUUGUAUUUGAGAUGCUGCAACAAUUUGAAGAUGCCCUGGUACAAUAUGACGAACUGGAUGCCCUGUUUUCUCAGUAUGUUGUCAACUUUGGUGCUGGGGAUGGUGCCAACUGGCUGACUUUUUUCUGCCAGCCGGUGAAGAGCUGGAAUGGAUUGAUCCUCCGAAAGCCCAUAGAUAUGGAGAAGCGUGAACUGAUACAGAGGCAAGAAGCCACCCUGUUAGAUCUGCGCAGUUACCUGUUCUCUCGCCAGUGCACCUUGCUCCUCUUCCUGCAGAGGCCGUGGGAGGUGGCUCAGCGCGCCCUAGAGCUGCUGCACAGCUGUGUGCAAGAGCUGAAGCUCUUAGAAGUCUCUGUCCCGCCCGGUGCUCUGGACUGCUGGGUGUUCCUGAGCUGCCUGGAGGUGCUGCAGAGGAUAGAGGGUUGCUGCGACCGGGCACAGAUCGACUCGAACAUCGCCCACACUGUGGGCUUAUGGAGCUAUGCCACCGAAAAGCUAAAAUCCUUGGGCUAUCUGUGUGGACUUGUGUCAGAAAAAGGACCUAACUCAGAGGACCUCAACAGGAUAGUUGAUCUUUUGGCAGGUUUGGGAGCUGAGCGACCUGAAACAGCCAACACAGCUCAGAGUCCUUACAAGAAACUCAAAGAAGCGUUGUCAUCAGUAGAAGCUUUUGAAAAGCACUACUUAGACCUGUCCCACGCUGCCAUCGAGAUGCACACGAGCAUCGGGAGGACCCGCUCUGCUAGGCUCGUCGGGAAGGACCUGGCAGAGUUCUACAUGAGGAAAAAGUCUCCACAGAAGGCAGAAAUCUAUCUUCAAGGAGCAUUGAAAAAUUACCUGGCUGAGGGUUGGGCGCUCCCUAUCACGCACACAAGGAAGCAACUCGCCGAAUGUCAGAAGCAUCUUGGACAAACUGAAAACUACCUUCAGACCAGUAGCCUUUUGGCCAGCGAUCACCACGUAACUGAAGAGGAGCGGAAACACUUCUGCCAGGAGAUACUCAGCUUUGCCAGCCGCCAGACAGACAGCCCAGGUCACAAGAUAGUACUCCCUCUGCAUUGUUUUGCACAACUGAGAGAUCUCCAUUUUACCCCUUCCAACGCUGUGGUCCAUGUGGGCGGUGUUUUGUCCGUGGACAUAACCAUGUGCAGCCAGAUGCCCGUCCCCGUCCACGUGGAGCAGAUUGCAAUCACCGUCCACUUCAGCAUCGAGAAGAACAACUACCGGAAGACCGCCGAGUGGCUUACUAAGCACAAGACGUCCAACGGGAUUAUUAACUUUCCAACGGAGACCUCGCCUUUCCCCGCAUCCCAGAACAACUUACCAGCACUGGAGUUGUAUGAGAUGUUUGAGAGAAGUCCCUCUGAUAAUUCCUUGAACACAACAGGGAUUAUAUGCAAAAAUGUCCACAUGCUGCUGAGAAGGCAGGAGAGCAGCACGUCUCUGGAAACACCCUCAGGCGUGGCUCUGGAGGACGGGGCCCACGUACUGAAAUGUAACGACGUGACUCUGGAACCGGGGGCCAAUAGGAUAACGUUCAGGACGCAGGCCAAGGAGCCCGGGACAUACACGCUGCGGCAGCUGUGCGCCUCGGUGGGCCCGGUGUGGUUCGUGCUCCCUCACCUCUACCCGCUGGUGCAGUACGACGUGUACUCGCAGGAGCCCCAGCUGCGUGUGGAGCCACUGGCCGAUAGCCUUUUGGCUGGUAUUCCUCAGAAGGUAAAGUUCACUGUGACUACUGGCCAUUAUACAGUAAAAAACGGGGACAGCCUCCAGCUCAGCAACGCGGAAGCCAUGCUCAUCCUGUGUCAUGCAGAGAACAGAGCAGUGAUCUACUCCAGCACAAGAGAAAAGGCUUCUGAUGUGUCGCUCCGGGUUCAGUCGUCUGACAAGGUCACAAGCAUCAGUCUACCUGCUGCUCCUGCAUACCACAUGAUUGAGUUUGAACUGGAAGUUCUCUCUUUACCUUCAGCUCCAGUGACUGGAGGAGAGAGCAGCAUGCUGGGGAUGACAGAGCCCCAUAGGAAGCAUAAGGACACACAGAAAGCUGGCCACUGCAUGGCUACUACGGACCAUAAAGUGUCCAUUGACUGCCCGUGGUCCAUCUACUCCACCGUCAUCGCUCUGACCUUCAGCGUGCCCUUCCGGACCACACACUCGCUUUUGUCAGCUGGGACACGGAAGUACAUUCAAGUGUGCGUCCAGAAUUUGUCAGAACUUGACUUUCAGCUGUCUGACGGUAACCUUGUGGAUCCCGGAAGUAGCGCUGACCUGCAGCUGGUACCGCUGAAUGCCAAGUCCCCACAGCACAUCCACAGCAAGCAGUCCACGUUCUUUGUGUGGGAGCUCAAGUGGACGCGAGAGCCUCCCCCUUCUCUGCGUUGCCAGUUCUCCGUUGGAUUCUCCCCAGCUUCUGAAGGACAGCUCUCUAUCCCCUUAAAGCCGUAUACUUACGAAUUUCAAGUGGAAAAUUUUUUUACGUUAUAUAAUGUGAGAGCUGAGAUCCUGCCCCCUUCAGGAGCGGAGCACUGUCGGACAGGCUCGCUCUGCUCCCUGGAGGUGUCCAUCACGCGGCUCUCGGGCCUCUUGGAGGUGGACAAGGACGAGGCACUGACAGAAUCCGACGAGUAUUUUUCGACCAAGCUUAUGUAUGAAGUGGUCGACAACAGUAGCAACUGGGCAGUGUGUGGGAAGAGCUCUGGUGUCAUCUCCAUGCCUGUGGUCGCCCAGGCCACUCACCGGGUCCACAUGGAGGUGAUGCCCCUCUUCGCGGGCUACCUCCCCCUUCCCGACGUCAGGCUGUUUAAAUACCUCCCCCAUCACUCUGCACACUCCUCACAACUGGAUGCUGAUAGCUGGAUAGAGAACGACAGCCUGUCGGUGGACAAGCAUGUGGAUGAGCAGCUGGACAGCAGCAGCAUCAAGAGCAGGGGCAGCGUGCACUCGGCCUCCAGCAGCGAGCCCAAAGGCUUGCCCAUGCCGCGGCUGCAGGCGCUGCCGCCCGGCCAGGUCUUCAACUCCAGCACGGGCAUGCAGGUCCUGGUCAUUCCCAGCAAAGAUGACCAUGUCCUUGAAGUCAGCGUCACAUGACCGUGCCUCGGGUCAGCACACGCCCUAGGCCGGGUGUGAACGCACUUGAAGGGAUCCUGGCUUCAUUGCUCUCUCCAUUGCAACAUUCUAGCACUAACCAGACUUUUGGUGAUUCUGCCUGCCCACAGAAACAUCGGAGAAUUUCAGCGUGUGGCCGGUCGGCUGAGUUACUGCGUUUUUUUUGUGUUGUCCGUGGUGUAAGAUGACUUGUUACUCUCAUCUCCCCAUCCCUGUGUUUGUGCUGGUGUCCUCCGGUGUCCGCCCAGAGCCCCACUCCCUUCCAUCGCCCCUUCCCUGCUCCCGGAAGAUCCGCACUGUGCCCCCUCACCUGGCCGCAUCCCCAUCUGCUGGUUCCGUAUGGAGUCCGUGUGCCUUCCAGGGAGACACAUGGCAGACCCUGCCAUCUUAGUCGUCACACGUGUGUGCCUUCCUGCUCACACGGCUGCCCUCUAGAUUCUCGACCAGGUGGAUUUGUGAGUCUCUUGGGGGAUAAAACACCAUUUUUUACCUGAGAGGAGUAGUGCUUUUCUAGACUAACACCCUGUUAGGGCAGCUCAGUGAGGCGGAGGGCUGGGUGGGGAGGGAACAGAACCCUUUCUGUGCCUUGGGGUGUCACACUGGGUGGACCUGGAGCCUCCAUUAGCUGGAGCCAUCUUAAAGGUACUUUGGGAAGAUUAGACCAGGGCCUAAGGGACAACUUGGCAUUGAAAUAGUUUAGGAACAAAUCUUUCUGGAACCCCUGUUCCCCAUGAUGUUGACUGAAUGUCAAUAUGCACUUGAAAUGAAAUAUGUAUUUAUUUUAAUUAUCAUUAUAUGUGUGGGGGUUGAUAUGUUGUUUUCUUCUCACCUUUAAAGUCUUGACAUGUCAUUGUCACUGUAUAAUCAAUAUGUUUCUUCUGCACCUUAAGUCCUAGAGAUUAAGAGGCUCCAUUUCAGGGGAGACGUGGGGGGCCCUCUCCGUGUGCUUCUAGUUUGGUUGUGGGAAGGACGAAAGUCUUGGAAUAUUCUCUGCUGGUCCACUAAAAUUGCAGUCAUACCAUACCAAUGGAUUAAUUUGCUUUCGGUUGUAAAUUUAAUUGUACAUAUGGUUGAUUUAUUAUUUUUAAAAGUACAGACUAACUGAUGUAAUGUCUAUGUAUAAGUUGCACCAAAAAUCAAGGACAAAAUAAAUGUGUGUUUGUUUUUACUGGUGUGAGAGUCACAGCUUGUAAAUAAGUGUUGGGUGUAUGCAGCCUUUUCCAGCUCUCCAAAGCAAUGUAUUUUUGUACAUAAGAAAUAGGGAACUCCUACUUCCCUGGGAAAGUGUGGUUGGAAUCGAGCUGAUUGGACUGAUGCGAGCGAGCGUAGUCAGGUCCAGCAGACGGUGCGGCCUCACGGGAACACCCUCAAGCAUGUGAGCCCCAGAGGAAAGGAGCCUCUGCAGCGCUCCUGGUCCUGCUGGUCACCUGUGGGAGAGAGGCUGGUGCGGCCGCGUGGCGGGGAGCAGGGGCCAAGGCACAGCUCGGAGAAACUAGAGCAGAGCAGUUGUGUCCACGCUUCUCUGUGUUGUCUUUCCACUCACCCAAAAAAUAAGGUGGUGUCAUUCUCCCCACCCUGCCCCAUGUCUUUACCAUUUACAGAGAUUGGAAAUGUGUAAAGAAGAUCAAUACUGGUGUGUUUAAUUAAACUUUUCAGAAAAUGAUCUUCCUUAGGUGCACUUUAAAACUAGUAAGUUUAUUAGUCAACUAGUUAGGCAAAUUAGAACUUCAGAAUCUAAUGAUAGAUAGUUCAGGGUUUCUAAAAUAAGUUUUGUCUUACUGUAAAAAUUGGUGAUUGCCCUACAGAUCUGCCAAGCCCUGUGAAUGAAGAGAUCUUUGAGAUUUGAUUCUGUCGGAAAAGCCUCACACUGUGUAUAAUGUGGCUUUUCCCUCUCACCCUCUGGAAGGGGGUGGGGGUGUGAUUCAAUGGUUACCUUACCUCUGUUUGAUUUUUUGUUUCUGGGUUCUAAUCCCAGGAUGAAAUUCUCUAGUUACAUAAUAUACUUAGAGGGAAAAAAUGAAGGAGAAAUCCAAAAUGUUCAUGGUGGUUUCUUACUGUUUUCAAUUUGUAUGAAAUCAAAUUUAUUGCAGGUUUGGUCCCCCCCUCCAAUUACCCAAAAGAUCUUUUGCAAUCUAAGUUACAUGGGUGCCCCUAUUUUAUUUUGUUUUGUUCUACACAAAGGAAAAAUGUCACCUAAAACUUCAUCUUUUUUUUUUUUAAAGCAGUACUUGGAUUUUUGUUGUCUAAAAUAAAAUAAGGCUUAUGUGUUUGAGACAAGCUGGUUUUGUUAAUAAAGAUGUAGCUCCUGUUAAAUAAUUGUGAAGCUGGAUAUAGAAUGUGCAUCUAAAAAGCAGAAUAUGCAACCGUUUUACACAUAUUGUGGAACAUGUAAAUACUAGCAAAUGGAAAAGGAAAUAAGUUAUAAUUUUGGUGAAUUUCAUGGGGUUUCCUAUGAUUGGAAAAAUUAUAACUGCUGAUUCUAAUGUGGAAAUUGUUGUAUUAAUCUGAAAAUGACUUUUACCUACAGUCCCUUGUCAGCACAGCCGGUCGUGGGUUGGAUUCCUGUCCUAGUAAGUCUUGGUUGAUAUCCCGUAGUUAGCAGAGACAAUACACACAGGCUUCUAUUCAGUUUUUCUUUAGUGUUUAAAAUAAGAUUGAGUUAUAAAAUCAAAUCAAAGAAACACUCCAGAUGUGUACAUAAAAUGAAAAGUUAUACUACUUUUUAAAGAACAAACUACGCUGAUCUCAAUGUUUUGCUGUCAACUGUGAUCUUUAAAAUAAAUCCGUGAUUUUGGAAUUUGAUUUUUCAUGAAAGUGCCCCUUUCUCUAAAUUUAUUCAUCAUCUAUGUCAGGCUACAAGACCCGAGAGUAUGGUUAAUACAAUUUGCUGGGAUUCUGUGACUGGAAAAGGUGGCAAGUUGGUGACUUUGACACUGCAGGUAUUAAUUCCAUUUUCAUGGUUUACUAUGAGAGUCAUUUUUCACAUUCUGUAAUAUAUUGUUAGACUAAAACCAUUGUAUUAAGACUUUAAAAUGUAAGCAUUAUAAUUCUGA